AUGUCUGAAGUGGAUCCCGAGACACUGCUGGAGUGGCUGUCAAUGGGCAGCGGCGACGAGCGGGACAUGCAGUUGAUUGCGUUGGAACAGCUCUGUAUGCUGUUAUUGAUGUCCGAUAACGUGGACCGAUGUUUCGAAAGUUGUCCUCCGCGAACAUUCCUCCCGGCCUUAUGUCGCAUAUUUCUGGACGAGUGCGCGCCCGACAACGUGCUGGAAGUGACCGCUCGAGCCAUCACCUACUACUUGGACGUGUCGGCCGAAUGCACGCGCCGUAUAGUCGCAGUCGACGGCACCAUCAAAGCGAUGUGCAAUCGGCUGAUUGUGGCCGACGUGACCGCCCGCACGAGCAAAGACUUGGCCGAACAGUGUAUCAAAGUGUUGGAGUUGAUCUGCACCCGAGAGGCCGGCGCCGUAUUCGAGGCGAGCGGCUUGAACUGCGUGCUGGCGUUCAUCCGCGACAACGGCCAUCACGUCCACAAAGACACACUACACUCGGCGAUGGCAGUGGUCUCGAGACUGUGCGGCAAAAUGGAGCCAAACGAUCAGUCGCUCAACACAUGUGUCGACUCCCUGUCCGUACUUCUUAAGCACGAAGACUCACACGUGGCCGACGGCGCGCUCAAGUGUUUCGCCUCACUCGCCGAUCGGUUCACCCGCCGGGGCAUAGAUCCGGCCCCUCUGGCCGCGCACGGGCUCAUCGAUAACCUUCUGAUGCGCUUGUCUUCUAUCGCCAACCCUAUUGGCGCCGGCGGUCAUCAUCUCUCCGCCUCCACCGGACUGUCGAUACCAUCGCCGCAGGCGAUCGUCACCGGAACGCCCGACACGAAGACUCCGUCAUCCGUGUCCACCGUAAUUAGUUUGCUAUCAACACUGUGUCGCGGUUCGCCACAAAUCACACACAACCUCUUGCGCUCUUCUCUGUCCGAUGCCAUCAAAUGCUCGCUUUUGGGUGACGAACGAUGCGUAUUAGACACCAUGCGUUUGGUAGACCUCCUGCUAGUGCUGCUAUUCGAGGGCCGCCGAGCGCUGCCCAAGUCUGUGAUGAGCGCCUCCUCGUCCCUAAACCCGUCCCGUUUGCCCUCAUUUCGCCGAUUGGAUCGCUUGGACUCCGCGGGUGAGCGCACACACCGGCAACUCAUUGACUGCAUCCGCAGCAAAGACACGGACGCCCUCAUCGACGCCAUCGACUCGGGCGGAGUCGAAGUGAACUUCAUGGACGACGUCGGCCAGACUCUGUUGAACUGGGCGUCCGCUUUCGGCACCCAAGAGAUGGUAGAGUUCCUGUGCGAUAGGGGGGCGGACGUGAACCGCGGCCAACGCAGCUCAUCGUUGCACUACGCGGCCUGCUUUGGGCGCCCGAAUGUGGUCAAAGUCCUCCUCAGACACGGCGCCAAUCCCGACCUCCGCGACGAAGACGGCAAGACUCCGCUCGAUAAGGCCCGCGAGCGUAGCGACGAAGGCCACCGCGAAGUGGCCGCUAUCCUACAGACGCCCGGCGAGUGGAUGACCAGCGCAACCGCUUCUGUGGGCUCUGUUGCCGAGUCGCCGAAGAGCGCUGGCAUCGCUAGUGGUGGCGGUGGCGGCUGUACUGGGAUUGGCAUCGAUAUCAAACACGACGAUCCCGAAGACUUGUCCCCCGGCCUCUACGGCGAUCCCGAGAUGUCGCCGCUAUAUCUGCAGCGAUUGUUACCCAUGUUUUGUCACACAUUUCAAAACACAAUGAUCCGUACGGUUCGCAAGUCGUCGCUGAAUUUGAUCCGCAAAAUGACUCAUUACAUUCAAGCGGAACAGAUGCCGGCGCUCAACGAAUCCGCGCCCGCACUGGCCAUACAGUUGGUCGAAGUGAUUGCUAACGUGUUGGACACCGACGAAGACGACGACUGUUACUUCAUUGCGCUGCAAAUGAUCACUGAUCUGAUGACCAAAGGGGCGGCCAUUUUCUUGGAUACCUUCGCCCGACUCGGAGUGAUGAACAAAGUGCAGGCAUUGGCGGGACAGUCCGCCCAGACCUCAGCCGACGACGAUUUGAUUGAGAAGAAAGGCGACGGCGACGACGUGGCGGACGGCGAUCCGUCCAACGAAGACGCCCGCGAACUGAUCGCCGGCCGUCCCUUUCAUUGGCGCGAUUGGAGUUGCGUUCGCGGCCGCGAUUGCCUCUAUCUAUGGUCCGAUUCCGCAGCGCUCGAGUUGUCCAACGGUUCUAACGGUUGGUUUCGAUUCAUUUUGGACGGAAAGUUGGCCACAAUGUACUCCUCGGGUUCGCCAGAGGGCGGAACCGAUAGCAACGAGAAUCGCGGCGAGUUCUUGGAAAAGUUGCAACGGGCGAGGGCUCAGGUGAAGCCCGGAAUGGUGUCGCAGUCGUUCCUGAGCACCGCCGGACCCUCUCGGCUAACGGUCGGCAAUUGGACUCUUCAGUGUCGACGCGACGGCGAGAUUACCGUCAGUAACAGCGACGGCGCCCAACAGUCGACAAUAUUGCGCGAAGAUUUGGCCGGUUUUGUAUUCGAGUCGAAUCGCGGAACGAAACACUCGUUCACCGCCGAGACCUCACUCGGGCCGGAGUUCUCGUCGACGUGGUUGGGACGACGCGGCAAACGAUUGCGCUCUAAACUCGAGGCAUUGAAGGCCAAAGUCCGCACUCAGGCUAAAGAGAUCUACGAGACCUACUUCAAGACAGCGCAGGCCACGCCCCGCUCAACGGUGGCCAAACUGGCCAACAUUGUGGCACAGAUUGAACGCGUGUCCGAACAGAGGACACACUCGCGGCGCAGUCACGGCCACGACUGGAAAGUCAAUUUGGAGACCGCGUUGAAAGAGUUGACACAUUUGUUAAGAGACGAGAAGUGUGUCUCCGCCUACGAGAUCCACUCGUCUGGCUUAGUGCAGGCCCUCCUGCGCCUCCUGUACCGCAAUCAGCACCAGUUCUCGUGGACAAACACGGGCUCAUCCGACCGGCUGCUGAAGGACAAGGCGGAUGUGUUCAAGAAUGUGAUUGGUGUGGAACACACGGCCACUGCGCUCAUCAAGAAGUUGGUGUCUGUGCUCGAGUCCAUCGAGAAACUGCCGGUCUAUCUGUACGACUCGCCCGGUUCUGGUUAUGGCCUACAAAUACUCACCCGUCGGCUCCGGUUCCGACUGGAAAAAGCGCCCGGAGAGUCGACACUCAUCGACAGGUCCGGCCGGUGCCUCAAAACGGAACCGUUGACUACUGUCGCCCAAUUGGAGAAGUACUUGAUUAAAAUGGUGGCAAAACAAUGGUAUGACUUUGAGAGGUCUUCGUUCGCAUUCGUUAAGAAACUCAAAACACUCAACACUAGAAUCCGUUUCACUCACGAGCGAGACUUCGACACAAAUGGUGUGAUCUAUUGGAUCGGCACUAAUGGCGGCACAACUGCCGAAUGGGUGAAUCCGGCGCACGUCGGCCUCGUUAUGGUCACGUCGUCUGAGGGGAAGAAUUUACCGUACGAUAAUGAUUGUGAUACUGCGCUCAUCAAGAAGUUGGUGUCUGUGCUCGAGUCCAUCGAGAAACUGCCGGUCUAUCUGUACGACUCGCCCGGUUCUGGUUAUGGCCUACAAAUACUCACCCGUCGGCUCCGGUUCCGACUGGAGAAAGCGCCCGGAGAGUCGACACUCAUCGACAGGUCCGGCCGGUGUCUCAAAACGGAACCGUUGACUACUGUCGCCCAAUUGGAAAAGUAUUUGAUUAAAAUGGUGGCAAAACAAUGGUAUGACUUCGAGAGGUCUUCGUUUGCAUUCGUUAAGAAACUCAAAACACUCAACACUAGAAUCCGUUUCACUCACGAGCGAGACUUCGACACAAAUGGUGUGAUCUAUUGGAUCGGCACUAAUGGCGGCACAACCGCCGAAUGGGUGAAUCCGGCGCACGUCGGCCUCGUUAUGGUCACGUCGUCUGAGGGUAAGAAUUUACCGUACGGUCGACUCGAGGACAUCCUUAACCGCGACUCAUCGGCACUCAAUUGCCACACAAACGACGACAAGAAGGCCUGGUUUGCCAUUGAUUUAGGCUUGUGGCUAAAGGGCAGCAGUAUAUGCGAUUCUGUGCGGGCGCCCAUGCCGGCCAGCCGAGAAGCGUUAACCGAGAAAGUCCACAGGUUUCUGCCGUUAUUAACCUGCUGUGAUAUGUGUGUAUCGCUGCUAACAAGGCUGAACGAACCGGGCUCUACCGCUUCUUGGAAUUUAACGGUUCCCGGCGAUGAGAAACAGGGUUGGCGUCACAUUCGGGUACAACAGUCGGGAAAGAACGCCUCCGGACAGACCCACUAUCUAUCGUUGUCCGGCUUCGAGAUCUACGGCACAGUCACCGGAGUGUGCGAUGAUUUGGGCCGCGCGGCCAAAGAGGCCGAAGCGAAUCUGCGCCGUCAGCGGCGACACGUGCGGCAACAGCUCAGGCAUAUGGUGGUGAACGCACGCGUGACCAGAGGUCCCGAUUGGAAGUGGCGCGAUCAGGACGGGGCACCCAUUGGCGAAGGUUUAAUUACGGGUGAAUUGCAUAACGGGUGGAUUGAUGUCCAGUGGGAUCACGGGGGCAGCAAUUCCUAUAGAAUGGGCGCAGAAGGCAAGUACGACCUGCGUCUGGCGCCCAACUUUGAUCCCGAUAUGGUGGUGAAGUCGGCAACAUUGCCCACAUUAACCACAUUAACUCAACAGCUAUCGCCGACCAUCGCUCCGGUGGCCAUAACAAACACUACCGACACUAUAGCGGCCAAGGGGUUGGUCUCGACGCCCAACACUAUGUUUCCCGGUCGCAAAUCGAGCUCUACCUCGAGUCUGUUGGAGCCGUCCUCGUCAUCGAACAGCCGCAUAACACAGCGCACCCGGCCGCUGAGUAGCGAUACGCUAGCGUUCUCGUUGCUCUUACACCUGGCCGUCGGUCUGUCGCCCACUCAAGAGGAAACGGAAGAGCUGUUGGCCGAGAAUGAAAGGCCCGGCACUCCCACACCAGCCCUCAACGAAGAGCACCAGCGCCGCAGCUCUUCCAGCGCUACCAUCAAACUGGUGGACCACUCGUCGUCCGCCGCCUCCUCUCACUCACACAUCCGUUCAAACAAUCAGACAAACAAUAUGUCAGUUUCGGUACCGAAUCUUUCGCUCAACACAAUUAACGUCAACGACUCAACUGUCGGAAUACUGGACGCGUUCGCGUCGGCCGCAGCCGCCCGGCGCCGCACCGCUCACUCAAACUCGCAAAACAACUCGACUAACGCUACAAACAAUGCCAAUACCGCGGCCACAGCCGGCGGCGGAGGCCCUAAUAGUAAUUCACUGCUCUCUCGCGGAUCAAACAAUGUCUGCAAUUUAGUGCGAAUG